GCGGCGGCUAUGUCAAUGAAAGUGGCGGAUAAGAGUAUCCCGUCAAAUAUCAGCACUCGUAAUGUGAGCGUUAAAGGACGUCAGUAACACACUUACAGAGUGCGGAAAGGACGGUUUUUCAUGCUUGUCUCUUUAUGAACGGCGUUUUCAAAAGCAUACAGCGGGUCAUUUAAAACUGAUAAGAUAACCUUAAUUAUUAUCUGAGAUUUAGAUAAGUUUAUUAUAUACUGCCUCGACGCGCUUGAGAGAACGUGUAAAGGAUAUUGCCUUCUGCAAUUUCUGGUAAAUAAAACGUGUUUUAUUAUUCGAGUACAGGAUCGUUUGUCCGGAAUAAGAAGUUGAACUCUAAUUUUUUUCGCGAAAAUACUCUGGACAAUUUAAAUAUCUGAACAUUUUAAUCUUGCGUUCAAUUGACUUCAUGAACACCGAGAAUUUAAACGAUUAUCUGAAUCAACGAGUGUACUGUCGAGAGACACAAUCAAAAUUAUUGUCAACUCUCUUGUUCCAGAAGGUCGCCAAAUCACCAUGUGUUAUAUUGUACGGACCUAAAAGUACAGCAAAAACUGUAAUGUUAAGGCAUUGUUUCUCGUAUACUCGUUGCAAACAUGCUUGGAUAGAUACUCAAGAAUGCUUUACUCUUGAAUUACUGCUAUAUCGCACAUUGAUUCAAUUGGGAGUCGAACAAAACUUGGCUCAGAAAAAAGGCACACAUAUUAACUCCUUUUGUAACGUUCUUUCGGCACAUCUUAGCACUUUGAACGAGCACACUUAUAUUGUUUUAGACAGACUCGAUGAGCUUCCGGAGUUAAAUCAGCACAUUUUUAAGGUGCUGGUUGGACUGUCUGAAUUUAGUGGACAGAAUAAUGUUUCGGUAAUCAUCGUAAUGAACAAGCAUCCUAACAGACUAUUGGGAACUGCUUCCGUCCCUGUUGUCCAUUUCCCACAAUACACAAAAGACGAGAUUCUUGACAUUUGUCAGCACACUGCACCCAGUCUCGACUUCGUUGACCGAACAGGUGAACAAGAGUUUGAAGAUGAAAUAGAACUUAGUGUUUGGAUGCAAUACUGUGCGUUCCUAUGGGAUGUAUUCGGUGCUCAAUGUCUAAAUGACUAUGUCGCGUUCCGCGAAAUUCUAGACUAUCACUGGCCGAAAUUUGUUAGCCCAAUUGUUGAGGGUGAUGUACAUCCUGCAGAUUAUGCCCAGCUUCACAAACUCGCAAAAGACUCUCUAGUGUCGGACGAAACGAUUACUCGAAGGCUACAUCUCGUACACUCAAAUCAGAAUCAGUUGUCUCAGAUCGACCUCAAUCUUUCGUGCGUAGCAAAGUUCUUACUAAUUUCGGCAUUCCUUGCCUCCUACAAUCCUAGCCAUUUGGAUUCUCAACUCUUUUCAAAACGUAGUUCAGGACGCAAAAUUCGACACAGAAAAACAAGAGUUCAUGGUGAUGGUAGCUUUGGAAAAUCAGAAAAGUCCGCAUCCGCUCGCAAUGCUUCCCUUUCCAGGCUGGCGCUUGGACCCAAACCGUUCGACUUGGAACGUCUCAUUGCAAUCUAUUAUGCUAUAUCGGAGUAUCAGGACAUGAACCUGUUUGCCGAAGUCUUUACACAAGUCUCUAAUCUGUGUACAUUAAAAAUGAUUGUACCGACAAAAGAUCGGUGUAUCCGGACACUCGAUGCACCGCGGUUUAAAGUGAAUAUACCAAAGGAAUACGCUGAGGCCAUAGCGCUUUCUCUAUCCUUGGACCUUAAUAACUACCUUGCUAAUAAUGAUAGUUGGUAAGGCAGUACGAAAAUAUAUACUAUAUACAUGAAAUACGCAGACAAAGAUGCUUUUGGAGGAUACUAAGGAAUGAUGUUAUGCCUGAAAAGCAGUAAUGGUCACGGUAUGCUAUGUUAUGUUAUGGGUAUUCAUUAUUAUUUAUAACACUAGUCACAUUUACACUCGCAUUUCAUAUGCACGCUUGUGCCUGAAUUGCUGUAUACGCACUAAUGCAACAAGUCGAGACCAAUGAUAACCCCUUUAUCGCCCCGUUCUUUUCUUCAUAGCCACAAUCUUAACAUUCUUCCAUUUUAUUAUCAUCGAAUACACACAACUCAGUUGAAUAAUUGGCAACCAAAACAAAACAAAAACAGCUCCAUAGAAACAACUGUGUCAAUAGAGAACCCACUGUCUAACCAAGAUUUGUGUUCUGUU